UCAGCGACGCCAUCGAACACUGCCGCCGGCGACAUCAUCCCAGUUGACACACAUAAGUCGACACACAGUACUCUCUCUCCCUCUUUGAUUGGGGCUGUGAUUAGGAGAAGACAGUGGAAGGCGGUGAAGCCGGUCUUCUCUUCUUCUCCAGUCCAGACGACGCACAGGCACAGGCACAACCAGCAACUCCUCAACUUAGCUCUCGAACUCUCCAGUCCAGACGCACAAGCAUUUGAUUUGGGUCUGUCUUUCUUGUUGUUGCCGAAAGAAAUAGAUUCAGCUUUUGAUGUUCUCAAGGAAAUUUUAAAACCUGUAGUUGAUGGAGAGAAAGAGAUUCCUUGGCCUCCUAGAGAUCCUGAGGCAGUCAUUCUCACGAAGAAAGAUGAUGCUUCUUUGCCAACACCAAAGAGCAAGGAUCAUUCUGUUGAAGGAAUGAAGCUUGUGUGCCAUGAUCUAGCAGAGGCAACCAGUGAUCCCAAAGGUAGUGCUAUGGAUGAUAUUGUCAAAGAUGCAGAUCAUCUUGUUUCUUGCUUGGCAGAUAAGGCUAGAACAGAUCCACUUGCCAAGACUUUUGACUCUAGUCUGACGGGUGCCUCUUCAUGA